AUAAGCACUGAGCAAUGCAGAGCACACCAUAUCAUAGAUAAGGGACUGAAAGAAGAGAGCAGAGCACAGAGGGAGACCCACAGAGAUGACUCGGAUGGACAAAGACAAGCCUCGGCCACCCUGUCACCGGAACUGCAGCCGUAUCACACAGGACAUCAAAAGGUGUGCAUGAGGAUAAAUGCUGUGAGAUCUGGAAGAGAGCAACAGGAUUACAGGCUCCAGGAGAGCGCUCACAUCUGACCGGUGAAGGGUCAACGACACUAUUGUCUCCUUAAAGGAACUUUCUUACCCUGCAGACAAACUUACAACUUGUUAUUGACCUUUGGAUUUAGAGAUCACAAUCAUUUUGUCUGCUGUGCUGGUUCAACCACAUAAUCUCCGAGGGACACAAAAUAGAAAAGCUGCAGAUCGUUUUUUUUUUCUCAUGGCGAGCAUUUGUGUCUCUCAACUGGGAACCAUCUGCAGCUCCAAGACUUUGCUCCUGCUGUUCUCCACACUGCUGCUCCACGGGCCUCUCUGCGGACAAAGCAACCCGAUUUCCAACACCCACCAGAGGCAUCGCUCGGCUCCGGGGCUCGGAGACGGGCAUGGGGGGGUCGUGGAUCCGUCGCUGCUGGAGCAGGACAGCAGCAUGGACAUGCAGAGCCUGCUGGAGAGCCUGAAGGAUCAGUUUCUGAGGACGUUCAACCUGUCCGGUGUAGGUCCCCCUCCCAUGCCACCUGGAAGCACCCGAGAGGAUCCGCCGGAGUACAUGAUGGAGCUCUAUAACCGUUUUGCUAACGACCGCACUGCAAUGCCCACUGCCAACAUCAUCCGCAGUUUCAAGAACGAAGAUUCAUCUGCGAGCACUGUGGGUGUUGGAGGCGUCCGCUGUCACCCGCUCCUCUUCAACGUGUCAGUCUCCCAUCAUGAACGCAUCACAGCGGCUGAGCUGCGCCUCUACACUCUCGUCCAGACCGACCGCCAUCUCUACGCGGGGGUCGACCGCAAGGUGACUAUUUAUGAACUGGCGUCCCACGACAGAGACGACAACGUCACUGAUGAGAACCCUCUGAGGGGGGACGCUUUCAGAGGGGACGGGGACAGGAUCGAGUCGGCAGAGCUGGCUUCACGGCAGGUCUUUGGCACAGAUAACGGCUGGGAGGCAUUCGACAUCACUGCUGCUGUUCAGCACUGGCACAAAUCUGACCGUGGUGGAACCACGCACCGGUUGGAAGUGCAAAUUGCUAGCAUGGCCGCGGAUGACAAGGAAGGUCUGACGGAAAACAACGCAGAAAAGAAUCCGCCUGAAGGAGACAUGAAGAUCGACACCAGCCCAGGUGAAAAGCACAAACCUCUUCUGAUUGUUUUCUCCGACGACCAGAGCAGCGAUCACCGCGACGACAAACGAGAACUGAACGAGAUGAUCGACCACGAGACCUCUAACAUGGUUCUGGAGAACGACUUGGGGAUGGGCCUGAACGAGCUGUGGGGAGAGCUGGGGCGGGACAACGGCGAAGACGAAGAAGCCGAGCCCGACGAAGAAGACCUCAUCCAAAUGCGCUCCAAUCUCAUCUACGACACGGCGUCCCGCAUCCGUCGGAACGCAAAGGGGAACCACUGCAAGAAGCAAUCUCUGUACGUCGAGUUCAAGGACAUCGGGUGGGACAGCUGGAUCUUGGCGCCCACCGGUUACGACGCCUUCGAGUGCAGCGGCGUCUGUUCCUUCCCGCUCACCAAGCACGUCACGCCCACCAAGCACGCCAUUGUCCAGACGCUGGUUAAUAUCAACAGUCCUCAGAAGGCGGCGCGGGCGUGUUGCGUUCCCACAAAGCUGGACCCCAUUUCCAUGCUGUACCUGGACGACACAGGUGUGGUCACCUACAAGUACAAGUUUGAAGGCAUGGUGGUGGCGGAGUGUGGCUGCAGAUAGUCAAUGCUUUCCGGAAGUGCAACUCUUUAAGUCUUACGUUAAGAGGAAAGAAAACUGAACUUACAAAGACCUGGAAAGAGGAAAUAAGCCAAAAACUGUUUUCAGGGUUUUAACAACAAAGGAAUACUUGUAAGGGUUCCUCCGCCAGAUUGGAAGUACGCAUGAACUGCACAUGAAAGUAUGAGCCACCAAAUGAGAGUAGACAACUACAUGAUUCAACCGCAGAAGAGGAACAAGUACUGCUUCUCUCGAGGCCACAAAUAUCAGCCACCAUCAUUCUGGCAGUGGAGAGACUAGAGGUAGCGAGGUAUGUCCUCAUACCUUCAAGGAUAAUAAAGCACAAGAGUUCCCAAAGGACCUAACCACCACUCACAUCCUACAGCAUGUGCGGCCUGGUGGGAACCAGCGGGCGAGUUGUCCCCCUCCCUCUCCUUCCCCCCCCCGACAUCUGUCUUCCUCCCACUUAUCUCUGGCCUCCUCCACUUGAUGCAAACAUUAAUCAGCACUUCAUGCGUCCUGGUGCAGUGACAUGACCUCUCUGAGGCGACCUGACAAGACACAAACUCUCCUGCAGCCUCCUGAUACGUAGGCGCUGUUUUCAUGGGUCCUGGUGGCAGGGUUAUCUAUCCAAACUCUGUUUCCCACUUCACAUGCCUCUUUUCCACUCCCCCUCCCCCCGGGCUACAGUGAUAGCAAGGUGUGGGGGGUUGAGAAACAUGUAUGCCACCACCCAGGCUCAGCGAACUGGAUGCUCUUCUUGGCAACUUGUGGGGUGAUGCAAUGGGUGAGUUGGACAGGACAAGGGGUGCAGGAGUCCUCCAGGUAACAUGAACACUGAAAUAACACCCUAACCCUAACAUAUCUACAACUCCUCCAUUCAGUCAUCCGUGCUUCAUGCUAAAGAUUUCCUUUUUGGACAAUUCAUAUCUGAAGAGCACUAAGUGGGACUCCUUUGUUGAUACACAGGGAAAUACAGAUACAGUUACUUUUGUUAAAAGUCUAGUGAUACCUCUGCUGCUUGUGUCGAAUAAAAGACUAUUUAUUGUUCUAAUUUAUUAUUUUUUACAACAGAUAACUAUGUAUGUAAAUGUGCAAGUUACUCAGUGUGGAGCGGGUUUUGAGCAAAUGUAUUUUGUUGGGAAGAGAAAUGGUCAUUUUCAAAUCAAUACAAACAAUUAAUUAAUCUUAAAGAGGACAUAUUAUCCCCCUUCUCCAGCUUUUCAAACAGUCCCCUGUGGUCUAAAUGAAACAUCUGUGCUGUGCUUUGGUCAAAAUAUAACAUGAAUCAAGCACCAGAGGAGGUUUGUGACCCUGUAUAAACCAGCUCUCUCAGAACGCUCCGUUUUGGUGUGUGUGUCUCUUUAAAUGUAAUGAGCCCCCCCCUGAGUUUUCCCCGUAGACAUCACUCCUCUGUAGAGAGAAUAAAAAUGGCAGAUUUUUUUUUUUCUUACCAGAAUCCCACUGUGACAUCACAAGGAGAGCACAUUUGAAACAGAGCAUUUUUCUCUGUGUUGUAAGACUUAUGCAGACCACAAACAAAGGACUGGAUGGAUUUAUUUCACAUGUUGUGGGUCAGUAGACACUCAGGUUACACAAAUAUAUGUUCUACAACACUGUACAAGUGGAUUCUUCAGAAUAUGUCCCCUUUAAGUUGAAAAAUCCACAUGGUUGCAUCCAAAAACCCCUCCUUGUUGUUUAAGAAAGUGAACUCCAUGUGUCAGUUAAACUCUCAUUUUGUGGCCGGAUGAACAUUGAGAGCUUUACUCCAUGUGUUGUGUUUUCUCAAUUAAUAAUAAUUAUCACCCAAUGCAUCUUUGUCUGCCAACUUUCCAUUCGAUGACUGGAGGAAGAAACUUCCUGACAAGGCAUCGUUGGUGUUCAGAUACUUUAGUAUCAGCUCACAGGUCAUAGGUCAUUCAUGACAACACAAACAAAGACCCAUGGGAAACUGAGAGGAAGGCCUACUAAUGAACAAAAUGGAUGGCCUGCUGCGCAUACUGACAGCUAGCAGAUGCAGACAGCUGUGAUUGAAAACCUGUUCAUGAAGAGAAAAUGUGAACGAAAACCAAACAAAGAUUUAGACUCCAUUAUCUCUGCCUAUUCUCACAGAUGUACCAUGAAUAUUGUGGAUACUGUUGUUGUUGUUCUUUUUCCUGUACCAACGCACACUAAAGGUGUAAAUAAAGGAUUCAGAUCGGA